AUGCUCACCAAGACGAUCCUCGCCGUCACUACCCUGGCCACGACUGCCUUCGCAGCUCCCCUUGAAGCCCGCUCCGACCCUCCCUCUGGCUCCGUCUACAUCGCCCCAACGGCAUUAUACGUCUACGAUGUCUUCACCGGUGCCAUCGGGCCCAAGACUACAAAUGCCGUGGUAGAAAAGGGCAGGGCCGUCCACGAAAAGACCACCCUUAUGACCUUUGAAUACCCCAUGGCGACGGCAAACAAGAAAUGCGCCCUGUACUUCAAAUACGACUCGGUAUCCUGGAGCGGCACUGACAAGCUCGCCAUCUUCUCCAGCCUCAAACCUGCUCCGGGUGGCGCGACCAGCGACUGGGGUCCUGGGAACCAGCGCAAUAACCAACUAGGUAUCUGGAAGAGGCCUUCGUCAUCGCCUUCGUGGGCUGAUUGGGAGGCGACCUAUGGAGGGCUCUCGGUUCCCCAGGACUGCAAGCCCGGCAAGACCGAGGCCUUUGAAAUCGUUGGCCAGGGCGAUGAGACCUGGAUUUCCUAUGACAAUGCUAUCGCCGGCGUGCGCAUCGCCUACUGGUGA